AUGAUUGAGCAACAGGUGAUGGUCUUUUUCUGGGGAGUAUGUUUGCUGACUUCUGGAUGGAUGACUUACGCCGAUGCCAGCAUCCCUGAAAACUUGGACAAGAGCAUCGAUGAGCUUAAAACAUUUUAUAUUAAAGAUGACCGCGAACUGCACAAUGCACACCCCAUCUUCCUGCGGGCCCUUAAAGACUUAAAGGGGAAACUUGAGGAAAGUGAACAGAAGCUGAUGAUGAGUAUUAUUAUGGACACUUACAGUAGGAUCUUCAUUCGCAUGCAGAACGAGAGCCAGGAUGAAGCUAUGAAAGAGAGACUGGAGCACGUUCAAGAGCACAUGAAAAAACUGCAAGAGAACUACUUCCCAGGCAAAAGUGCUGAGCUCAAGACAUAUGCAGAAACAUUCUGGGCAAUCAAGGAAAACGACCCGAUUGUCCAACGCAAGGCAUUGUUUGAGAUGAAGCGAGUCUACAGGGAAGCAAUACAGCUGAGAAGCCUGAAGAAUAAAGACCGCAGGAGACGACAAGCCAAAAUCAUCAGAAGGCAAAAGUCUUAA